AUGAUAGACAAGAACAAUUCUUUUGUAACCUUUCAUUUUUAGCUCUAAACUAUUCAAAAGUAUCUAAUAUUUAUUAAAUUAAUAUAUAUUUUAAUUAAUAUUUUGAAAGGGAGAAUGAAUUCCUUAAAUAUAGAAAAAAAUAAAUUUAUGAAGAGAGCAAUUGAACGCAAAUCUCAAAGAGAGAUGAAUUUAAGUCAAAAUAUUAUUUUAUCAGACAAAGAAAUAGAAAUUGAAGAUUUUGAUUCUCCAACAACCUUAAAUUUAUAAAUACCGAUCUUUAGUCCAACUAAAAUGAUAUUUUCUUUACCCAGAUCUGCUGGCACAAUCAAAUGA